AUGAUUUGUAAACAAUUAGUGCAGAAUUUAGUGAAAUAGCCAAGAUAAUUCAGCUAGUUAUUCCAUAGUUUAAGAUACUUUAAGUCAAAUUAGUAGCUCACUUAUACUUCUUAGCAGAGCUUCAUAAAUCUCGCUAUGUAUUCAGACAUAAAUGAGAAGUUCACUGAAGAGGAGAUGGAAUUGCAAAGCCAAUUCAAGGACAUUGAAGACGAAAUGGAUUCUGUCCACAAAAACAAUUACACCAACACCCUUGAGUCAACAUAAGAAAAUCUGUUUUCAAAUAACAACUCAUUAUUAGGGUUUGAUGCCAACUCCACAUUAAAAGAAGAUAAUUAAGAAGAACAUCAAUAGGAAGAAGCAAAGAAAAUAGAUGUUGCUUACAGAAUGCCCCUUUCAAUGAGCUUUUAGGUCGCAAUGUAAAAGGUGGAAAAUGCAUAUUCAGCUCAAGAUAAGCUCCAAAUCGUCUAGCAAUAUUGCCUUUUAAUAAGGUCCUAAAUCAACUAAAUAAAUCUUAAACAAAGAGAAUUCUUGAUGCAAUUAGUUAUGCCAAUAGUCAAAAAUAUCAACUAAGAUCCUUCAAAGCACAACCAAAACACUCUGUAUGCUCUUUUCAACAUAUCAAGAGAAGACUUCUUGAACUUUCAUUUAAGCAAUAAAGUCUUGCUUCAAAUAAAGAACUAAGUUCAAAAGAAUUAUGAAAGUUUUGAACUAGACAAAAUCAAGCAAGUUUUUUAUGCCUCAUGCAUGAAGCAUAAGGACAACACUUUACAAAUUGUUGAACCUGUACAAUUGCGCUUCUGGUUUUAAAAAAUAUAUUAAAAAAUAUUGGAAAAUCCUCAAAUGGAGAGAGAAAUGAUUCUAUUUAUGACAUACUAUCACAAAGAUUCCGAUUUAUUCAGAAAGACCCACAAAUUUAUCACUCAUAGCUUAGUUUCUGAUUAUAAUUAGAAUGUUCUACUCAGAUCAUAGAAUCCCGAAUUGCUUAAAGUGUUCGUUUCCAUCUUCAGCAAAAAUGAGAAAGGUACUCCAUAAUUACAUUAAAUGUUCUACAUAAGUCUCUGCAAAUUAAUAACCAGCCAAAAACUAUCUGUUUCUCAAUUCUAAGUUAUUUUAAGAAAUCUCCUUCGUUCUUAAAACUUCCUCUCAAGCAGAGUCAUCACAAGCUACGAAUAUGACAUCUAAAUCCCAUUACAAAGCUCCGACUAAGUCUCUGAGUCUGAUGGAGAGAAGUCUGAAUCAGUUGCUUAAGAUCAAGAUAAAGAAACACCAAAGAACAAAGAAAAUGAAAGCAUGGACACCUAAUGGCAAAUUCUUUCUUAAGAUGAAGUCUCUUUUAAAAUAAUAGAUUAGUUUAUAAUGGAGAAACUUAGCUAGAUGUCUUCAAAUUAAAUAUUAAAUGUUUUGAAUUUGUAUUAAUUAAUUAAUGCACAAAAUUAUAGAGAGUCAGUAAUCAAAAUUUUAGAUUAACUUAAGUCUACUUUUAAUUCAAACUGUGAUAAUCAUUUCUCAUUUAUUAUUACAGUACGUACUCUCUGCUUAUUUAACAUAGAAAAUCCUGAGUAAUACCUAUCAGUAUAUAAGUCAUCCCCAUAAAAAUUAAUUGAAAACAAUUUUACUUUGCAAAUGUCCUAGAUAUUCACUUUGGUUAAAGAAUUUAUGCCUUAAGUAUGGAAUUAAGACUAUGAAGCAAGCUAUGCUCUGAUUUUACACGAAAUAAAGAAAGACUAAUUCAAAAUCAACUUAAAUUAUUAAAAAAGUUAGCAAUACUUACUCACUCACAUCAAGAAAAAAAAUAUUAAUCUUGUUGAAAAUGUGUUAACAAAUCUCAAUAUUACAUACUUGCAAUAAAGUAACGUUGAAACUUUCUAUGUAGACUUCUUUAUUAAAUCUAGCAACUAAAAUACCAAUUAAAACUGUAAAUUACCUGCCAUUCCUUUCACACUCGAUGUAAUUUCUGCUAGAGAAGAAAUGGCUCCAGAAGUUUUCAAUUCAAGUAUUGCUCUUAAACAAAUGAUUCUAAAUAAAUUAAAUGUCCCUUACGUAUAAUUGAAAUAAGAAUUUUUCGUCAGCAUAUAUCACCUAGAUUUCAUCUCAAAAUAAAAUGCAAUAAUUAAAGAAAUUAAUAAUCAGCUCUAAAAAUAUCUUUGA